AUGAACUACCCAUCACCACGAACGCCAGGAUCGACUCCGAUCCACGAGUGGGAGUACUCUCGAAUGUCUUCAGCAACUCCCACACCCUCGCCACGGCCCAACUGGUUCGAAUCGGCCACGCCGCGGCGACCAGCGACGCGUGCCGCGCACUCUCGCUCAAGCAGCUACUCGCAGCAUGGCAACUUCACGCCACGGACGCACAUGGAGUCCCCGCGAUACAACAGCUACGGGGACUACUGUACGGUUGAUGUGAGUGCCAAACAUUUUUCGUCAUCGCGCCGGCCUCCGGGCCCUUUCCAAUAUAGUCCCAGGCGCGAUCGCCGGCACUCGUAUACCUAUGUCCGGGCCUCUACCCCCUAUGGAGAAUCCGACGAGGACGAGAUCAUCGAGGCAAUGGGGCACACCUACGUGUUGCCUGCCCAGUCACGGUCCAAGAGUCGCCACUACAAACACCACAAUAUCUAUGACCAUGAUGGGGUAUGGUACACUAAUUACGACGACUACCUGCAGAACGGCGCCUACUACGCUGAUCCUGCCUAUGCUCGGGCCGCACACUACGAAUCGCCCAGACCACAACCUCAAGCCCAGGCCAGGCCUCCAACAAGCCAUUCACAUGCUCGCCGGUCUUCAGCAUCGGUACCUCAGCGGCCCGCCACCACUCGGCCGUCCAACACGCCUCGCGCCAAACCCCCGGCUACACCAAAGGCCACGGAGGCUGACGCUCGUCGACACAAGAUCCCCACCGGGUACUCUCUUAAGAACUGGGAUCCCGCGGAGGAGCCUAUCCUACUCCUGGGCAGCGUGUUCGACGCCAACAGCCUUGGCAAGUGGAUCUACGACUGGACUGUGUACCACGAGGGUCCAUCCACGCCCAUUGCCGACAUGGCUGGCGAUCUCUGGCUUAUUCUCAUUCAACUAUCGGUCCACAUCAAGGAGGCCGAGGAAAAGGUCGGCCUUGUUCGCAGUGCCGAGAAUCGGGAAAUAGUCAGUGAGUUCAUCGACGGCGGCGACCGCCUCAUGGAGAAGUUGAGAUCCCUUCUCAAGGCAUGCGAGGCUCCCAUGUUGAGGGCGGCUCGCAAGAAGCAGGCCAGUCUGGGUAAGAACUCGGGUGUCGAGUUUGUCGAGACGCUGUUUGGCCGCGAUCGUGAAUUGGCCAAGACUGAGAAGUUCAUGCAAAGUGUUCGCCUGUUCAAUCUGCGAUUUGAAGCAAACGCCACCGAGAUUCUCGCCCGACCCACUGCCUAA